CAUUUUCGCGCUGUUCGGUCCGUGAUUCUGUGCCAGCCACUCGACAGUAUUCAAGUGUGCGCGUUGUUAUAUCGACGUGUCUUAUCAAAACUUGUUUUCAAACGAUUCCGUGACCCAGUCUUUAAAUAUUUUAGCGGCCUUUUGUACCAGCUGCUCUAUCCAGUAAAACUUCAACAAGAUGGACGACAAAAUAUCCGACGAAGUACGGAAGCAACUGGAAGACAUGAAACAAUGGGCAAGCACGCAGCCUCUUAUCCCUAAGGACAUAGAAGACAGAAUUCUGCUGCGGUUCAUACACAGUUGCUACUACGAUUUGGAGAAAGCGAAGGUCGCAGCUGAUCUGUUCUUCAGUAUAAGAUCUGCUUCAAGCGAACUCUUCACCAAUAGAGACCCACUGGCGCCGGCAAUGCAGAAGACUUUACAGAUUGUAAACCUAGCUCAAUACGUAACAUCAAAGAACCGCAAUAUUUGGAUAUGGCAACUAAACGACCCUGGGCUAGAUCGGUACGACUACGUCCAAGAUGCAAAGCUGUUCAUGCUGGCUUCAGACUCUUGGUUGAUAUCAAAUGACUUUCUAGAAGAAGGCGACCUCGUCAUAAUGGAUGUGAAAGAUGUCUCGCUGAAGUUCCUCACCAAGUUCAACCUUUCUGUUGCUAAGAAACUGUCCAAGUACCAGCAGGAAGCAAUACCGCUACGAUUAGAACAAAUCCACAUCGUGAACGCGCCUCCUUUCAUAGACAAGUUGUAUAGCCUAAUGAAACCAUUCCUCAAGCAAGAAAUCACAAACAUGGUUCGAUUUCACGCACCCGACUCUACAACAUUAUAUGACUUCAUAAGCAAAGAAGAAUUACCGAAAGACUAUGGCGGUGAACUUGAUAAAAUGGAAGUGUUCAUGAAGAAAUCACUAGACUUAUUUUCGAAGAAUAGAGAGCAUUUCCUUAACGACAAUUUAUGGAGAGUGGACAAGAAAUCAAAGAACAAAGAUGUUAGCACAGAAAUAGGUUCCUUCCGAUCUCUAGCUAUAGAUUAGAAUGCGUUUUCAUUUACUUCCUUACCGGUUACCAUACAUGGAGAAUAUAAUGGGCUUCCUAUCCUCAAGGAAAUACGGACAAAAUGUGUGAGGGAGACAAAGCGACUGUACGGCUUACACGUAUAUAAAAUAUUAGUUACGUAUUGGAUUGAUUGAGUACAUUGAUUAAUUCUUUAAAAUAAUUUUGCUUCUACAAUUCUUUGUUUUUCUAAUAAAAUAUACCACAGAGCUACAAAAAAUAGAACGACAUUAGCCGUACAAAUGGCUUUGUCUCUUUACAAAGUUAUUGUGUGAACUGAAUUAUUCUCUAUGUUUAUGUUCUCUAUCAACAAAUAUUAAUCAGUGUCAUUUACCACUGUACUGUUUUGUUUUCUUUAAAAUAAUUAGAGAUUCAAAUAUACACGUAAGUUGAUCAUUAAUUAAACGUAUUGACUGCAAAACUUAAAACGUUUUGAGUAGAAUGGAUGUUUUUAGGAGUAGAGGGUAAUUAAAGGACCAAUUUUUUAUAUAUUUAUAUAGUAUUUGUCAAGUUAAAUAUAUUCUGUGGUGUUCCUGUAAUGGUGAACUGUGAGAUGAAAAUAUGAAAUAAUAUUUAUGUGAGUCGAUGUGAGCUAUAGAUAAGAGGAAUAUUUUUAUAAAUGACAAAUUAUACUGAACUAACGAUAAUGAAAUUUAUUUAUAUUGUUUAUGUUUUGGUACUCAAUAUUUUAAUUUAUAUAUUGUUAAACCUAUUUGUAUGUUUUGUUUCACCUAUUUUAUUUGAAUGCAAAUGAGUUACCUGCUAAUGGAAUUGUUAUGCUAAAUAUAGUACGAUAGUAGAAGAAAAGAAGCGUCCAAUGUAGUAGAUUUUCGUUGUAGAAUAUAUAUUUGUGAGUAGGCUGGCUUAACCUCCGGAGUAAUAGAAAGCACAGAAGGAAUAACGUGACAGCUUGCUUCGUGUGUCGUAUGCUGAGAUGAGAUCCUAAGAUUCAAACCCAUAAUCCCUAUUUUCUCUUAACGCAGUAGAAAAAGCCGACACCGUUCCUUGCUAGAUAAUAUUCUAGGUUUUAAAAAGUUUAUUAAAUAUAAUUCUUAGUAGCCUUUCUGGUUUUUCGAACUGACUUUCAACAUAACUAAAUAAAAAAGGUAGGUUUUUGUUAAUAUCAUCGGCUUGACUGCAGCGCUAAACUAACGAGUAGUACGCCCUGCGUGUCAAAAUGAGCGCAACGAAUAUGCGGCCCACAUAAUAGGUCUGUGCAUCGGCUAAAUAGAAUAUAGUGAAAGUAUAUGUUUUGAUGAAUUACCGUAAUGUUCAUAAUAAAACGGGAAAGAGAUUUUCAAACACGCUACGCGUGUGGUUUUGCACUGGCGUUACACUUUUAAAAACACACCAAGUGUGGGCGCCCGAGUCAAUGCUAUUUAACAUCAAAAUUGAUAGUAGAGAUUGAAAGUGGAAUAAAAUAGAGUCAUCAAUCGCUAUCUAAACAUAUUAAUAUAUUGCUGAACAAACCUUUAAUUAAUAGGUAAUAAAAUUUUAGUUUAUGUAAAUAGGUGUUCCUUUGCUGUACUUUUAUGUAUCGACAAAAUUAACAAUAUUAAAUACCUUAUUUUUUUUUUACACAUCGUAGUAUACUAUGAGUGCUGACUCACAAAUUUUUACUUUAUUAUGAACAUAAUUUUAUCACAUUUUUUAUUUGAGAAUAAAGAUGUUAUAGAUCUACACAAGUUAUAAAUAUCUUACAUAUAUAUUACGUAAUGUUAUUUUGUGGUUAUAUUUACGUUUUUACUAUACUUUUUUAUGAGUUUAAAAAUAUUUUAGUAUAAUAAAAGCCUAUUAUAAAUAUCUGAAUACAUGCUGGAUUUAAAUUUUAAAACAUUGGAAUAUAUUAAGCAAGUAUAUAAAAAAAGAAAUGCGAUAGUUUGUGAAAAUGUUUGGGCGUUUUGUUUUAUAGAAAUAGCUGAAUGGAUUUAGAUUAAAUUUGGCACAUGGAUAGACUAUGUCCUGGAUUAAAACAUAGGCUAAUUUUUAUCGCGGCAAUUUGCUCCCAUGGAAACUCCUUGGAAUUUCUAAAUCAGAUUCUUUAAAUAGGUGGCGUUGGCGUCGCACAGACGGUACUCACCGUUCAGUCGUUAAAGUGUUGUAAGGUCUUUUGUAAUUGGAAAGACUUUUCACAUGGGUGUAGCCACAAGUAAUACCUAGUGAAAAAUAAAAGUGUGGUGGUAGAUAGUUAGUAGAUCUUUUUUAUUGUGUAGGUAGUUUUAUAGCAAAACACUAGAAAAAACAUAGUUCAUAAGACAUGUAACACUCUUGAGAAAAGUUAUAUGGGAUUCAUAUUUAUUUCUGUGCCGCAUUCCGAAUAUUUAUUCAAAUUAAUUAGUAUAUAUUGAAUUUAGUACGAUAUGAUAUUACAAAAUAACUCAAGUUACAUGAUUUUUUAGAAUGGUAGUAGACCAUUUAUUGAUAAUUUGAUUACAAUUAAGUAUUUUAUUUGAGAUUAAAUGCCAAAAUGUACAAAUUAAUUUUAAAAAACAUUAUUUUUAAAUUAUUACUUGUUAUAGCUGAAUUUUUCUAGUACAAAAAAAAUGUUGAUUGAUUGAAUUAAUUUCCGUCAUGCAUACUCGUUUGUAUCAGAUUUAAAUAGAUCAUGGCGUGUUUUUAAAUAGUAGUUUAAAUAUGUGAAUUAUAUGCGUGUUAAAUAUUAAUAACGUAUUUUAAUCAUUUCUGGAUUGGUACAUUUUGGCAUAUCUGGAAAUAUUUUUCGAUAUAAAUUUCGUUAAUUUUCAUCCCGUUUUACGGUAACUAUUAUUAGAUAUACUUUACUGGUUUAAUGAUUUGUGAUGGAUAGAUAAUAAAUUAUGUGUAUGAAAAAUGA